CCCGCCUGAAUCAGUUACUUUUCGAUAGAGCUCAAAAUUCUGAACCCAGCACAACGAGUUAGAGAGCCAGCACAGUGGAGUAGGCGAAUCCGGACGCGAAAUACGCGAAUCUGGUCCUAACAUUACCUACGUAACCUAGCGACACCUCUGACAAAGGCUAUUAUAUGACACAUUGUCACUGAAAAAUUUGUCGACUAAUCAAAUGUUCAUUUUUUUCUUUCUUUGAAAAAUUCUCAUUUUCUAUUUUGACUUAAAAAAUUCGAUUUAUUCAUUCACCUAUUCGUCCAAUUUCCGUGUACUACAAAUAAAAUGUACUGGUAUAAUCUUCAGAGGUACAUAGUAUCUCCUUGAAUACAAAAAAAGAUAAAUAAUAGUACUUAAUUAUCUCUAAAACAAUUUAAUAUCAAAGUUUCAUUUACUUGUAGAUACUUUAAUAAUGAUAAAUCUGUAACUAUACUAGAUGAAUGUUGCUCAAUUAUGUAUUCUUAAAUGAUUUUUUCAUUAUAGUUUAUUUCUAUUUACUCUUUUGUUACAAUAGAUUAUUUUCGUAUUUAUGAUAAUAUUAGUGAUAAAAAAAAUGCUUGAAUGAAAUUAAUACACAAUAAACAUUAUGAAAAAUAAAAUAUCAAACUCCUGUUAACAAUUAUAGUUAUAAGCAGUUUCUAAUAUAUAAAAUUAAUUCAUUCAAAAAAUAUUCGACUUAUUCUUGCUUUAUUAACAUUUCAAGGUAUAAUAUAAAUAUUUUUUCUUUGUUUUAAGUUUUAUCGUAUUCAAAUAGGUUUAUAAUGAUUGAUUCACGAGGAAAAAUUAUUUUCAUUUUUUUAGUACCCAUUUUAGCGAUUUGAUUUAUCUCUUAACUGAAGUAGACAUCAUGAAUUAUGUAGUCUUCAAAACCUUUCUUGCAGUAUACAAUACGUAAAUUAGACUAGACAACUAAGAAGAGUUCUCACAUCUAGACAUAUAAAAUAUAUUGAUUAUACAAGAAUAAUUUUUAUUUCUAUUGAUUUCGAAGUUCUAAUUGCCUUAAAUUGAACUUCAGUAAUACCAACAUAAUUUUGAUAUUUUUUUAGAUAAUAUAAAUUAUGUCUAAAGAAAACAAAAACAAAAUUACUAUUACGGAAAAGUUUCCCUGAACUUGGUUUUCUUUCUUUCUUUUCGUUUUUUUUCAAGCGCACUGAUACAUUAGUGUCAUGCAUUUGAAGGAAAGAAAAAGAAUCGAGAUGAUGCAAUGAAGAGUAAGAUCUUAGCAAUAGAGAUUUAUACAGUUUUAGUCGAUAAGAAGAGUUUCUUUUUUUCAUUUUCUAAUUAAUAAGGGUAAGCUCAUCACAAAACUACCUGAAAAUUUCAUCAUGUUUUACAUCUCAAUAAAAAUUUGUAUCUUAUUUCAGAUGUCCAAUCGAGAUUCUAUAUUAAAUAGAAAUGGGAAAUCUGAAGAUAAUCAUGCUGAUAAACAUAUGGUAAGCCUUUUUGGUCCAGUAGAUGACGACGAUGCUAAUGAACAAGUACCUCGUUCACCUUUUAUUCUAACUGGAUUACCUCCUGAGCCUCAAGAAGGUAAUAUCGAAUAUAAACUUAAAUUAAUCGAUCCCAAUCCAGAUCGCCUUGAACAUUUAAUAACGCAAAUGAAUUGGCGUUUACAAGAAGGACAAGGCGAGGCUCUAUAUGAAAUUGGUGUAGAAGAUUGUGGUACAUUCAGCGGUGUUAGUAGUGAAGAACUCGAAGCAUCAUUAGCAACAUUAAAAACAAUGGCUGAUAGACUAGAUGCAUCAAUAACAAAACUUCAUGAACGUAAAUUAGAAAAUGAACGACAUAUUGUUGAAGUACUUGUACGAAAAGUUCCGGACGAUCAACAUUUUAUUGAUCUACGUGUUGCUGUAUUGGGUACAGUCGACAGCGGAAAGAGUUCACUUGUCGGUGUUUGUACACAUGGUGAACUCGAUAAUGGACGUGGUCGAGCAAGGCUUAAUCUAUUUCGACAUUUACAUGAAAUUCAAACUGGAAGAACAUCAUCUAUAACACAUGAAAUUUUAGGUUUUAAUGAUUUAGGAGAAAGUAUUGAUUAUCGUUGUUGUCGAACAGCAAAUGAAAUUUGUGAUCGAUCAACUAAAAUUAUUACUUUUACUGAUCUUGCCGGCCAUUCAAAGUAUAUGAAAACAACAAUAUUUGGUCUUUCUUCUCGUGCUGCUGAUUUUGCAAUGUUAUGUGUUGAUGCACCAUCGAGUGUUGUUGAUACAACUCGAGAACAUUUUUCCUAUGCAAUUACAUUAGAUGUGCCUGUUUUUGUUGUUAUUAAUAAAAUUGAUUUAUGUUCAAAAGCAUCUAUUCAAGAAACAAUAGGAUGCUUAACUUAUUUACUUAAACAUGGACAUAGUUCAGCUCCGUUGGAAUCAUAUCCCAUACGAAACGAAGAAGAUCUUGUUAAAGCAGCUGAAAUGUUUGUUGCUAAAAGUGUAUUUCCCAUAUUUGCGGUUUCAUGUGUAACCGGUGAAAAUAUUGAUUUAUUAAAAAAAUUUCUCAAUAUUUUACCACCAAAAUUAACUGCUAAAGAACAAGAACGUCUUUCAUUAGCACCAGUUGAAUAUCGAAUUGAUUCAAUUUAUACGAGCAAUACAUCGGGUACAGCUGUGGUUGGUGGAAUAUUGAGAAGUGGUAUAAUACGUGAAGGUGAAAGUUUCCUUGUUGGUCCUCUAUUAGAUGGUACAUUUUUACCAGCUAAGGUAACUACUAUUCAACGAUACCGUGUUCCAAGACGAAUGGUUCGUGCUGGUCAAGCUGCAACUCUUAGUCUUCCUCAAAUAGAAGGCAGUCGAUUACGAAAGGGUAUGGUACUUGUGUCAUCAACAUCUGAACCUAAAGCAUGCGUAGAGUUCGUUGCUGAGAUUGAUCUUUCUAUGCAUCAUACAAAUACACCAAUACGUAAAGGUUUUGAAACAACUGUUCAAAUAGAAAAUAUUCGUCAAACUGCUCUAAUUGUUGAUAUGGAUAAAGAAGAAUUAUAUGCAGACAAACAAGCCAUUGUAACAUUUCGAUUUCGAAAUCGUUGUGAAUAUGUAUUUGAAGGAGCUCGAUUAAUAUUUCGAUCAAGUAAUCAAACAAAAGGUAGCGGCCGUGUUAUUCAAGUUCUUCCUCAACAACAAAAUUCAACAACAAAUUAA